GGAAAGCAACCCCCCCGACAGCGCCGCUAGAAACGUGCAUCUCCGGAUUUCAUCCAACUCAUUUCGGGUACCGAGCGUGUUAGGUUAUGCUUUGCUUUUCGGGCACCUGUGUUCCUCCUGACGGGAAGAUUUCCUCUGAAGUGCCCGAUGUUGCCCGAACACCUUCCACCUUGGACCCCCGCCAUUGGGUGUUUCCAUAGCCCCUGCCCCAUGUCAACCCGUCAGGCCAACUGACCCCCACACACACGGGCCACCUUUACUCGAAGUGGCAGGUGGGGUCCCGCCUCCCGCCUCCCCACAGCCAGUCGGUCUCCAGCUCUGGGUCGAAGAAGCUCCUGCGGCUGCAGCGCCACCACCCCCUUCUCCGGGGUACCAAUACAUACAACCCGUCCACCCCUGCAAGAGCGAUUGUUGCCCGAGCAAGCCUGCGCCGCUCCAUGCGAAGACCAGUCCCGAAAAGGUUGCCGCUUCAUCAUGGGGCACCAAAACCCCAAGAGAAAGGUAACGAGGAGUAAAGGGACGAAGCACACCCCACCUCCUUCGCACAGACUUCAAGCCUGCGGGGGUGGGGGUGUGCUGCCGUCGACGCCCUGAUCGAUGGGUCUUGCCCAGGCCAGCUUGCUCACACCGCAUGCCGCCUGGAGGUGCCGUAGAUUCAUGGGGUGCACAUCCCCAACACUGCCUUGUCGGAUCUCUCAGUUUUGGCACCUUUGCCCGGCUUGGCCGCCAUGUGGCCUCCUGAACCGGGCGACGGGUUGGAAUCGUCUUCUUGGUCCGCGAGGCUUCGAGGGACAACCAAGUGGCCGGCAUCGCCCACGUCACGCCCCCACUCUUUCUGGGCAUAUAAAUACCGAGAUAUGCCGCCUUCUUCGCUUGCUGCCGUCGCCCAUAUUGUCCUCCACAGGCCUUUCUCAUAUCAAAGUUUCAUCUUUUCGUGGAUUCGCGCACUGGACCUUUCUAUCACUACCCAUCCUGCGCUCUUAGUCGAAGUCCGCCAACGGGCCAUCACUGCUUCCGGUCGUGAGCCAUCUUGCUCUCGUCUCCAACUGCCACUACACCUCCCCGACCCCAAAUUCAGUACUGCCUUGGGUGGCAAGACAGAGCCAUGGCUCCUCACGUUGACGCCCCUUCGCCUUCAGAUCAUUACAGCAACGGUUUCAAUGCAACCAGUGCCACAAGAAUGGCGGUGCCCGCAGUGAUGAGGCCAGAAGACUUCACGCCGCCCUUGGGAUCACCUGUUGGCAGUUCGUUUGACGGCAGCUUGCUAGGAAACUCGGCAGUCACACAUCUAACUCGGCCACUGUUGCCAGGAGUCUACGUCCCAACCAUGUGCUUCUUCGACCCCGAGACUGAAGACGUGGACGAAGCCAUGAUCGCGGAGCACGCGGUGCGCCUGGCUCAGGCUGGAGUCACCGGUCUGGCGACGCAGGGUUCCAACGGUGAAGCCGUGCACCUGACGCACGACGAGCGCCGUCUGGUGACUUCGAUCACCCGCAGAGCCCUCGACGAGGCCGGCUUUUCAGACAUGCCGCUCGUAGUCGGGUGCGGUAGCCAGAGCACCCGCGAGACCACCCUCCUCUGCCGGGAGGCAUGGGCGGCCGGCGGAGAUUAUGCCCUGGUCCUGCCGCCCUCGUACUACGCGUCUCUAUUUGCGCCGGCUUCGAGGUCCGUGGUUGAAUACUUCACCGCCGUUGCGGACGCGAGCCCCAUCCCGCUCAUCAUCUACAACUACCCGGGUGCCGUCAACGGCAUGGACCUUUCGUCGGACGUCAUCCUCGAGCUGGCCGAGCACCCCAACAUCGCGGGGGUCAAGCUCACGUGCGGAAAUACGGGCAAGCUCAACCGUGUGGCCGCGGGCGCGCGGAAGCUCGCCGGCGAUCGGCCGAACCCGCGCCGGCCCGAGUUCCUGGUGCUCGCCGGGUCGGCCGACUUCACCAUCCAAUCCCUCGUGGCGGGUGGGCACGGGAUCCUGGCGGGGCUCGCCAACAUCGCGCCGCGCGCCUGCGUGCGAACCAUCGAGCUCUACCGGGAGGGCAAGAUGGCCGAGGCCCAGGCCAUGCAGGAGGUGAUCUCGCAAGGCGACUGGACCGCCAUCCAGGGGGGCGUGGUGGGCGUCAAGUCUGGGAUGCAGUCGCUCACGGGCUACGGCGGUUAUGGCCGCAGCCCGCUUCCCAGGCCCACCCCUGAGCAGGCCAAGAAGUGGCGAGAGGGGUUCCAGGAACUCUACUCACUCGAGAAGUCGUUGUGACAUGACUGGCACUUUUGGUAUAUCGCGCCUCUUUUAUGGGCUAUUGCGCGUUACUUUCACGGCAAGUUUCAUUGGUUGGCAAAGUUAGGUAGCUUUUCGGGAUUUGAAAAAGGCGGGCGGCGUUUGCUAGGGACGCUCGUUGGAGUAUGGAAACUUUUGGUACGUUAUUUCGCCUGACAAGGUCGGAUUUUCCCGAUCGUAUGCUCGAAUCGGACUUGAUUUACUCUGGUGGAAGCCGUAAACCGAAGGCAUGUCGACUGAGUGUGGUAGAAGCAAUGCUAGCACGUGGGAGACAGUUGACUGGCGGGCUAGCUCCGGGAAUGCCCGGGGUGCUUGGCAGCGUCACCGCAAGCCAGCGAGAUCACGGGACAGGUAAGCUGAUCUAUGGGACUCUACCCCCAAGAUCAAGCCAAGCGCUGAGAGGCUUGUGGUGGUGUCGCGUGAGUUCUUUUUUUGGUCUCGUCGCCUCACUACCUAGAUGUAUAGCCGCCCGAAUCUUUUGCCGCGUAUGCCGUCCACUAACUGCGAGCAUCUUCCUUUCCCCUCUGCUGUCGGGCUGUUGUCUCGGAUGCACCUGGUCCAUGAUGACGUUGGGACACGACCCAAUCAGCAGGUGUUUGCGUUCCAAUGUGGUUACACGGAUUUUUGGCAAUGAUGCCCGUCUGCCACACGUGCACACGCAUAUACAUACAUACACACACAGACACGCACACCUUCCCGUUCAGAGGCCAGAGCCCGGCUUUCCUACCGUUGCACAGCAUCUUGCAGAGAGGGGGGGCGCGGCUGGCGUUGACUUGCUGCUUUCCCACACACCCCCCCAUUUCCAUUUCUUCACCGCCUUGGGCCGCCAAGGAGGGGAACAAAAUGGAGUGGGAGCACAAGGUGCCAGGCGGGGCCUGGGUGAGGGUGGCGAUGAUCUCCAUGUGGUUUGCGCGCGAAAUCUUGGUUGGGAACCGGGCG